AUAAGGAUUAAUUAUAUUCUGACUCAGCGAGUUUGGAAUCUAGAAUGCUACUGUGUGUAACUAAUGCGAUAUCUAAACCGAAAAGCAGUACAUAUAACAGAUCUGAGCCGUCAGAAGUGAGCCGUCGGUGCUCCACUGCUAGACUAUUCCAGGUUCAUUCAAUGCUGCCGCAUUAAGAGUCGUUAUCACUGGUUAGAAGAACGUUCUUUGACAUAUCAUUAAUGCGAAGGUCCAGACGCGCAAGAGUGACUUAUAAAGCAAAUAUAAUAUCAAAAACAAAAAUGGGCCAGUCAGAGAGCGGACAAUUUCAUGUUGCUUCGAGGGACUUUAAACCCAGAUCAGACUCAUGCUCAGGUCUGCGUUCAGAUGUUCCUCUAGCUGUGGUUGAGGAGAUCCUACUGAAUCUGCCUGCUCAUCAGGUGGUGCGAGUCUGUCGUCUGGUGUGUCAUGAGUGGAAGGAGCUGGUGGACAGUGCCUCACACUGGAGAGAGCGCUGUCGGAGAGAGGGGAUCCAGCCACAAGAUGUUUCCAGACCACCAGUCAACUGGCGCCAGUUUUACUUCUUAACUAAGAAACGACGUAACUUGCUCAAGAAUCCCAGGGCAGAAGAGGAGUUCAGUGGAUGGAAGAUUGUACAGAAUGGUGGUGACUGCUGGACAGUAGAAGAUAAUUCUGUAGAAAUCCCACAUUUCACAGUCGCAAAAUACUUUGUCACCUCUUACUGGUUAUGUAUGAAGCAACAGCUGAUAGAUUUGAAGAAAGAAGGCUACAGUGCUGCUUUCAUGGAUCAACUACAACCUCAUAUCAAAAUAUCUGACUGGUACGCCCCGCGCUGCGAUUGUGGGAGCAUGUAUCAAAUCUGUGUAGAGUUGCUUGAUCAGAAGAAGAAACCCAUCAAUACCUUUGAGCCUGAACCAGUUUUCUUUCCACAGUGGAACGAUCAGCAGUGGUGUGAAAUGACACAUGUCUUUAAGGAUUAUGGACCUGGGGUUCGGUUUAUCCGUUUCACUCAUGGUGGGAAGGAUACACAGUUUUGGGCAGGCUGGUAUGGGAUACGGGUCACCAACAGUAGUGUGGAGAUCUGUGCAGCUGAAGAGUGAUAGUGUCUUACUGUCUGAAUUUGUUCUUUGUUAUGAGAAACGCUGUUAUAUGUAAAUGUAAAUUUAAAGGCCUUAUAAAAGUUAAAAGUGCAUCUCUCAGUGUUGUACAAAACUUGAAGACUGUAUUUGAAGACUCAUCGUUCUGUAUUUUUUAUUUUUGUACUACAUAUAAAUCCAUUUUUAGAUGUUUAUAUUUCCAAAGGCCUUAAUUAUCAGUGCAUUCGUAUUAUCUCCCAAAAACUGUGUUGCACUGAGACUGAGUACCCGAAACAGACUCAUUCAUGUUUUGUUAAUAAGGAGGGCCAUCACUUGCGUUUCAGAUAUGUUCCCAUAACAUGAAUUUAUCUUUAUCUACAUUGUCAUCAUUUUUAAAUACUUCUUUUAAUAUGUAUAAUUGCAUAUAUGCAGCUGCUGUUUGAAAGGAUUGCUUAAAACUAAAGUAAUGGGGGAGGGAGCUAUACCGCCCGCUUAAUUAUUUUUCAUCAUGUGAUUAAAUAUUUAAAAAGGGCCCAUCAUAUACAGCUGUCCAUAUUAGAGAAAUAACAUGAGAAAACUGAUUUUGAUCAUUUCCCCCCUCCAUGACAAGUUUAUCCUAGUCUAAAAAAUGUAUUUGUUAUAUACGUUUUGGUAAAGUGGCAGUGUAUAAAACUAUGUAAAUAUUUGUCACCACACUGAAAUACUAUGAAUAUUUUUAAAAGAAGAUCAGAAUCUGAAUAGUUUCUGUAUAUAUAAUUUUUUAUAUUUUUAUUUAAAAUACAAAUUUCUUAGAUAUUCCCCAGUGACUCAACUUGACAUAAUGUGGGACAAGUCAUAUUCAGCUGAUAACAGACAUCACACAUAUAUUAAACUAAUUACUUCAAAAGUGGCACACAAAAUGAGUCAAGAGACUACAAUCUGCACACAUAUCAUCCUAUCAUAUGACAUGAGUAUCAAGGUAUAUGAUGGGGAAAAAAACUGUUGAAUAAAACCUAUUGUUACUUUCCUGAUAAAAACCUGUACAAAAAUAAAA